AUGGACCCAGAGUCCCAGCCCACCGAGGCCAGCGCAAUGGCUGCGCAGCACCACGCGCGGACCCGGGCGCCUUCGCGAGCCUCCACGGCGUCGAUGCACAGCAAUGCAACCCAGCCCAACCUGGACCAGAGCUUCGCCAGCCAUCACAACUCCUUCCCCGACCAGUGGGCCCCGAAUGGCCACUCCCACGGCCACGGCCACGGCCACGGACACGCCCACAGUCACAGCCAGCCCCGAGAUAUGGUCAUGCCCGCACACCAGAUGCCGGCCGACGACAUCAUGCUCAGGCCCGCAUCCCAGAUGCACCCCGCCCAGUCCUUCCCCAUGGACUCGAGCAUGCAGUCCUCUGUCAGCCAUUCCAUGGCAUACCCGACGCAUGCCGCGCUGCAGCAGCACCACGGCCUGCCUGGAGAUUCGUUUGGUGCCAGUGCCAGCUUCACCGAGGACAGCCAGAUGAUGGACCGUGAGGAAAACGAGGACGGCGACUCCCUGGCCGGCGUGGCUGGCAACCCCCGACCCGCGUCCAACAAGACGAGUGCCAACAACGAGCUGGAGAUGCGCGCCUUGUUCAAGUCUAACAAGCACCGCUCCUUGCAGGACGUGGCCGCCGAGCUACACGGCAACGAGAGAGGCCCCAACUCGGAGCGCACACGACAGGUCUUUGCUAUGCUUUGGAUCAACCAGGUGUGCUCGACGGGCAAGGGCUCAGUGCCUCGUGGCCGGGUCUACGCGAACUAUGCCUCGAGAUGCGCGACGGAAAGGACGACCGUCCUGAACCCUGCCAGCUUUGGAAAGCUGGUGCGAGUCCUCUUCCCUGGCUUGAGGACUCGGCGAUUGGGAGUUCGCGGAGAGUCAAAGUACCACUAUGUUAAUUUCACAUUGGCUGAUGACGGUCCUGAAAACGCCGAGCCAUCUCAACCUGCUUUGCCCUUCCCAGACCCGGCCAGCUUUUCACACCACAUGAGACCAGUUCUGCCCUCGCCGGAUCUUCCUCAACAUCCUGAUGCCUCUGGCACAUCGCGUCGUGCCCAGCACCGAGUUCACAGUUUCUAUAACUCACCAGACCUAUCGAGUAUUGAUCAAGUCCAGUCUACUACUUCCAAGACCAUGUUGCACCUGUCCUUCAUGGCCGAAGAGGACGAUACCCUUCAGCAAUCGGAUGCCCUGGUCCUGCCCAAGAUCGAUGCUUUCUUACCCGACAACACUGACCCUGACGCGGCAAUGUCCCUGACCGCAUUGUAUCGCAGUCACUGCACAUCUCUUAUCGAGUGCAUCCGCUACUGCCGAGAGAAGACUUUCUUCCACCUCUUCACCUCGUUUCAAGGAACCCUCACCAUGCCUGUGCAGAAGCUUUUUUCUAAUCCCAGCCUCGCGCCGUGGAUAGAGCAGUGCGACUUCGUCCUCUACCAGAGAAUGAUGCGCAUCAUCUCGAAUCUGACUCUGCAGGUCGUGCCCAAGCCGGUACUGGAUACAUUGCGUAGUAUCUCGGAGCGACUCGUGACUCAUAUUCGAGAGUCUUUCCAGGGUCAACCCAGACACGUGAUACAGGCCAAGGAGUCUCCUGCUGCCAUUUUUGCUGCACUGCUUGACCGAGCACUCCGCGUGAACUUGACUGCUCACGCCGCGGCAAACAUGCUGGCUAACCCUGCGAACCGAGACCAGAUGUAUCUCGACUGGAUUACCAUGGUUCGCAUACGCAAGGUCGCCGAGACAGUACCGACGAGAGGGAUGGAUGACCUCGUGCUCCUGCUUCUCGGCGAGGUUCGCAACCUGCUGGAUCCGCAGAAUGUUCCGUGGGACAUUGAGUGCCAGACGCUGUAUGGGGACGUGGCCACCCGAAGUGGUCGAUUGCCUCAGACCAGCAACUCAGACGAUAGCGCAAACAUUCUCGACCGCUGGGUCAGCUUUCUUCAGACGCUACCGAACCGUUUCCCCUACGCCUCACCCGAAGACAUUGUCUGGUGUGUUCAAAGAGUCGGCACCGCGGUCAUGCGCGACCUCACGAUAGCCCAGGGUAAGAGCUUUGGCUCGUGGUGGGUAACCAAAUGCUGGGUUGAUGAGAUGAUUGCGUUCCUGGCCGAACAAGGUGGUUUUCUAAAAUUGAAGUCGACCGCGCCGGAAGCUGUGAGCCCGGCCAACCCUUCGAUCCCAGCCAGAAGCCUCAGCCGACAGGCAUCGCAGAUGACCAACAGCAAUGAGAACUUCCACCCUUUACCGAAAGGGCCUCAGUCUCAAGCCAAUCGAGCCCCUUUUCCGUCACAGGUGGACACACAUACUCGUGACUCCCUAGGCCUGUCGGUCAACCCUGACGACAGCGGGAUCGGCAUGCGCACGCCCGAGGAAGACUUCCCCAUGGACAAAUUCGAACUCCCCCAGAACCACAGUCAUGAGCUACAGAACCUGAAUCUGGAGCAGGAAUUUGUCCAGUAG